CCCUUUUCUUGUAACAACUUAUUACAGAAAUUCGGGACGAAAAACAAAUCCAUCUCUUUUCGAAAUUGAGGGAAAGCAGAACAUUCAUAUGCCCACAAUCAUGUCGCCUAUCCCAGCUGGCUUUAUCAUCACAUUGCUUGUUUCGCUUAUCGGCAUUUCUGUCGUAUUAGGGGGCAUAGCAUGGUCACGAACCAUCUCUCUGUUCCUGCCAUUCCCAACCUCCAUCAGUGCGAUCGCCACCCUUUUCCCGUUUGGAUCUCUUUUCAUAGUAGUCGUCGCGAAUCUAUUUGCAUCCCGUUUUGAGCGUGCAAUCUCUCGCAGAAAACGCAUCACGACAGGAGACAACGCCAUCGAGACUGCUACCCUCUCUGCCCACCAGGCUCCGUCCAUUCUUUCUCCAUUCCUUUAUUCAAUCUUCGAAAAUGCUUUAACUAUACUUCCGACCAUUCUCGCAACUCUUGCUGCUACAUAUAUAGCGCCAAGCGAUAACAACUGUCAUCUCGAACAGGCCUGGCAGACUUACUACCGCAACAAAGACGUGACUGCAAUACGCUCGAUUCAGGAUAGAUUGCAGUGCUGUGGUCUACGAAGUACUCAUGAUAGAGCAUGGCCUUUCAAAGAACGGGACAAUAAUGACGAUCAUGUCUGUGAAAAGUCGAUGGGGUACAAGCAGAGCUGUUUGGAACCGUGGAGCGAGAACGAACGAAGGGUUGCAGUGUUGGUUUUUGUCGCUGCGAUUGCUGGGUUGGGUAUAAAGCUGGGGUUCUUGUAUUUCGGCUCUAGGUCGUGGACAUUUAACAAUUCGGCUUUCCGUCGUGGUACGGGGGUUAAUGGUACUAGGAAUGGUACUGGGGGCUCAUCGGCUAUUCCUCGAAUGCUUCCAUAUUACGAUGAUCCAAACAACAUCCAGAAUGAAAGGGAUGAGAUCGCAAAUAAUAAUUCCACCACAAUCGACAAUCCGUUGCUCGACGCUGAUGCUCAUGAUAUCACUUCACCUGAUGUUCGAGACCUUUCUGGCAGUGGUCCCUGGAGAAAUAUUGAUUAAGAUACUCAAUAUGGGCUGUUUAUUAAAAUUACUUGCAUGAUGUAUGAUGUUUCGAAAAGAAUGUAUUUGGGUGUUUCUCACGGGUAUUGUCACAAUCAAUGUAGGGCAUGUAAAGACAGGCUCAAAAGUUUCCAAUCAAGUACUCAGCGUCUUCAAGCA